AUGGCCUGGGACUCCUUGUGCAGCCAGGACUUACGGCGGCCUAGGAUAAGAAGUGCCUCAAGCGGGAUGCCCGACAGCGGGAGCAGCACUGGGACACCGUCCCUGGAGGAGCUGCGGCGCCUGCUCUGCACACGCACACACCCCACAGGGCACGUGGAUGAAGUCUGGCCAAACCUUUAUGUGGGAGACCUGUACGUUGCUCGCGACAAGGCGCAGCUGAGCCGCCUGGGCAUCUCCCACGUGGUGAACGCCGCUGCCGGGAGGUUCCGCAUCAACACGGGGCCCAAGUUCUACAGCGACCUGCCUGUGCAUUACUACGCAGUAGAAGCAGAAGACAACCCCAACUUUGAUCUCAGCAUUCACUUCUAUCCAGUUGCUCACUACAUCAGAGAAGCACUGAAUUCCCCAAGAGGCAAAGUUCUGGUUCACUGUGCAAUGGGAAUCAGUCGGUCUGCAACUCUGGUCCUGGCUUUCCUAAUGAUCUGUGAAGGUCUGUCCCUCACCGCCGCCAUUCAGACUGUGCGCUCCCACAGAGGCAUCUGCCCCAACUCCGGCUUCCUCCAGCAGCUUCGGGACUUGGACCUCCGGUUAGGGAGGGGCUCAGGCAGAGGAGCAGAGGCCUGCUAGUGCCAAGAAGCAGCUUUGUCUCCUGGCACCAGCCCAAGAGAUGCUGCCCUCUCUGAAGAGUGCAAGGAUGCUGUCAGGACUGCUCUGUAGCUGCAUGGAGAAACUCUGGGGAAAGGCCGAGCGUGAGCAAACUCUUAGGAACUGUCAGGCAUGUAUUUU